GACAAACUGUACUUAAUCAUUCAUUGUAGGUUUGCGUUGGCAACUAAAUGACACGAAUCAAAAACAAAAAACAGUUUUCUACAAUGUCUCCAGAUAAAUUUUAAUGAUUUUAAACCAAAACGAUUUUGGCCUCCAUACAUUGCUCAGUCCUUUUGGAAGUUAUUAAUCGCUAGAUAAUGUUUGAAUAACACGAACAUAUUACUAAACUUAUUUACUCUUACAACAUAAAAGAAAAUGGAGGUGGAGUUACAAUUACAAGACAUUUUAUUGUCUGAAGAUCCACAAUUAAGUUCUAAACAAACAUAUUCUGUUUCUAACAAAAGAAAAAAUGAGAAAAUCCAAGAUGAGAAAACCAUAGAACAGCAAGCUAGAGAGGAAAAAGAACAAGCUGAAAGUGUGGCGACGAUGCUGAUGAGGAAAUACGAUUCGAAAUUGUGCGCGGAAGAUGAUACGUCACAGCCGACAUCGCGUGCUGCCCCAAUCAUUCCCAUUGAAGCUACACGAAAGAAGAAAAAGAGAAAAAGAUCUCAAAUCUCAAUAUGUCUCACGAACUGUCGGUACGAGUCGAUCAGAAAGGUAGCGAGCGCGUUCGGAAUGCGCGAGGUGUCAGAGGAGGACGCGUGGAACUUCUACUGGACGGACAUGAGCGUCUCGGUGGAACGCGCGAAAGAGAUGAAGCGGUUCCAACGCAUCAACCACUUCCCAGGCAUGCUGGAAAUAUGCAGGAAAGAUCUGUUGGCAAGAAACUUGAAUAGAAUGCAGAAAAUAUACCCAAAGGAAUAUAACUUCUUCCCAAAAACUUGGUGUUUGCCAGCAGACUUUGGAGAAGCUCUCAACUACAGUAAGUCUCGUAAGAACAAAACGUUCAUAAUCAAGCCUGAAUGUGGUAGUCAAGGGCGCGGAAUUUAUCUGACUAAAUCCUUGAAGGAUGUUAAGCCCACUGAUAAACUUAUAUGCCAGGUUUACUUGUCCAAGCCAUUUCUAGUAGAUGGCUACAAGUUCGACAUAAGGGUAUACACGCUCAUAACAUCCUGUGAUCCCCUUAGGAUAUUUGUUUAUAACGAGGGCUUAGUAAGGUUUGCAACGAGUCGUUAUGCUGAUCCGAACGUGAACAAUACGACAAACGUUUUCAUGCACCUUACUAACUACGCUCUCAAUAAACAUAGCCGAACUUAUGUCUACGACUCUGAAGCUGGCAGUAAACGCAAGAUAUCGACUUUGAACAAGAUCCUAGUGUCGCAAGGCAUCGACUUGGACCAUUUGUGGCACUCCAUAGACCAAGUGAUAGUGAAGACGAUCAUAUCCGCAUGGCCCAUCCUCAAGCACAGCUACCACGCGUGCUUUCCCUCUCAUGACAUGGUGCAUGCGUGUUUUGAAAUAUUGGGAUUCGAUAUUCUCUUAGAUCAUAAAUUGCAUCCAUACAUUUUAGAGGUGAAUCAUUCGCCGAGCUUCCACACGGACACGCAGCUCGACCGCGAAGUGAAGGAGAGCCUUCUAACAGACACAUUCACUAUGCUCAACAUAUGGCAGUGCGACAAAAAGCGCGUGCUCGAGGAGGACCGCAAGCGCAUCCGGGACCGAUUGCUGCAAAGCACCAAGUUUGCAGAUUUCACGCCCACCGACGACAAGGAGAUAGAGAAAAGUCCCUGGCAAACCCAAAUCCAAUGGGAGGAGACUCAUCUUGGAAACUAUAGACGGGUGUACCCGGUAGGGGAGCAGUACGCAUCGCUGUUUCAACAGCCUUCAGGUUCACUGUACACGGGCACAGCGUCAUCACGCGCGCGCGGCGACUGCACGCGUAUACAGCGCGAAGAAUUCCAGCAAACAAAAGCCAAAGCUGAGGCACUGAAGAAGCCGUCCCAGCCCAAAACUCUUAAGGAGGGUGAGAAGAAACAAGGCGAAGAAGGCAGUGGCACCGUCACCACAACAGCCAGUAUGGCCACAACCGCUGUAGAGAAGACCAAAGCCAAACCUAAGGAUAAGGAAAAGGAGAAGCGAAAAGACAAGGAAGAUAAGGAUAAGAAACUUACUGCUAAACCCUCUUUGGCGCAGCAACCGGUGGUAGAGAAAGAGCCGAAGCCUUCAUACGUGUUGUGCUCUUACGAGCCCGAUCCAAUAGUGGAGAAGGAAGAACGCGAGCGGAUCAACCUACUGGCACAAAGAGACUUCCUCAUCAGGAGCUAUGGCAUGCUGGAGCAGAUAUAUCUAGUUAUGAAGAAAAUGGGUACGCUGAGGCCCGAAGAUGAACGAAAGUAUGGCGUGUACGGACGCCUGUCUGUGUUGUCCAAUUCUCCCAAACCAUUCACUGUAAAGAAGAAGAAUUGGAUAGACAAGCACAAACCACAGGGCCGCGGUGAAAAUUUGGAUGAUGGGUUGAAGGUGGAAUGCCGAGACGCAGUUAUUUAUUCGCGUCCGGCAACUUUCACGGCUACCACGUUGGGCGCCAACAAAGCGCAUUUAGCGCGAAUGGCUUACACUAUAUGGAAAAUGAACUCACUACCGACGACGGUCUCCCUACCUUAAGUAAGAAUACAGUGGCUCGAAGGAAAAUGUGCCAUAACUUGUUCAAGCUUAAAAAGUGUAUAUGUACACAUGUAGUCCUUUAAUUUUAAAACAGUAAUUUAAAAAUGCUUUUGUAUUUCAUAUCCUUGUUAUCAACAUAUUUAUUAUCUUACUUUGAUAUUGUUGUGGUUUUGUAAAUUUUUGGUGCAUAGAUACUUAGAUAUAGACAAGAAAAUAUACACAUUUUACUAUAUUACAAUGUGUACUUUUUUAUCGAGCGUUGGUAAAAACUGCAAGGAAAUACUACAAUUUGAAUUAAACACUGAAUUCUUUAAAACUCUUAUAUUAUAUUACGUUGAAAUUGAGCUUUUUUUAUUAUUGGCAGAAUAAGUCCAGCUUAAUAGUUAAUCUUAUUCAUUAUACACAAAAUUGGUUACUAAUUGGUUAUUUUAUCUAAUGUAGAUUACAAUUCUGGAAUUAGUUUGUUCCAUUGUAAAAUUAAUUUCAUACCACUAAAAUUGAAGUCUUUUUGCCAAAGAGCCACCAUCAAUGUUUUCCAAUAGUUUUCUCUUGAGCGAGGGCUUGUCGGUCUCUGUUUUCGUAACAUUUGAAGGCAUUGGUAGCUUGGACCCAACAGUUGGUGCUGGUUUAUUGCUGAAAUACGGCAUUUGUAAUGCUUGUGUGCAGUCACACCUCUUGGGUGGAUAAAUGGCUAACAAGCUAUCCAGCAGUUGAAUAAGGUCAUCUGAUGCUGCGCUGAAUAUAUGUCUUAACUGCUGCGGUGGGAACUGUUUGAACUGAACGUAGUCUGUUAACCCCUUCAUCCCCUGCCAAAUUUCUUCAUUGGGAGUCCCAAAUACUUGGAAAAUACGUGAUAAUUGGUCUAAGUCUGAUUCACCUGGCAAGAAAGGCACUCUUAGCAAUAAUUCCGCUAAUAUGCAGCCUAUAGCCCACAUGUCCACUCCUGUUCCGUAUUGCCGAGCCCCAAAUAAUAAUUCUGGUGACCUGUACCACCUUGUUACAACUUGAUGUGUGUUUAUCCUAGUGGGGGAACCAAAUGCCUUUGCAAGACCAAAAUCACCAAUUUUAAGGAUUCCCUCUCUGUUUAUAAGCAAGUUAUUUGGUUUUAGAUCUCUAUGUAAUAUCCAAUUCUGGUGCAAAUAUUCUAAACCUUAAAAGUCAUAAUCAUAUAAGCCUUAACAUUAGCUGGUGUCAGUACAAUAUUGUUAUCCUUAACUAAUAUUUCUAAAUCAGUGUCCAUGAAAUCAAAAACUAGCGAUACAUUAGAUUUUUGGCCAAAUACAUCUAAUAACCCUAUCAAAUUAAUAUGUUGUAAUUCUUGCAACAAUUUUAUUUCUCUAAGGGCAGUCCUGUUAAUUCCAUCUUGUGCUUCAAGGCGCGAGCCAAUUUUAAUUUUCUUAACAGCAACAAUUUUAUCCGUUUUUACAUCUCUUGCUUUGUAAACAGUGGCAAACUGCCCUUCUCCCAAGAAAUCAAUUUUUUCAUAUCGUAACGUGUGUUCAUCCAUUUUCUUCGCUUUCCUGUUUAUCUUAAAAGCAAAGUCAAUUAAUAUAUGACUUUAUUAUUAUUUAAAAUUCCCGUUGCUAUUGAAUUUUUCGCAUGGUUUUUCGUUACCCAAACUAAUGAGGAAUUUACCCAAAGUUGUCAAAUUACCUCAAUCGAUAAUGAUUCUUAUGAUAAACAUAUAAAAAUCAAAGUCGGAUCAGCAAAUACACAUUGGCAUUUUGCUUACUUUUUUUUUUUUUGGUUAAUUUGUCCCUGUUGGGACGGGCAAAGGAUUCUGAGUCCAUACAGCCCUGUCUGUUAACUUUUCUUUCCUAAAGUGUUUUGAUUGUAGCUUUAAUAAAUUUGUAUAAAGGAAUGUAGGUGUCUUUAUUUUGUAAAAGUUUUCUCAAGUCGCGCGGGAUGGUUUCUUCGCCAAAAGUACUUCGAAGGUCUUGAAGCAGCAAAUUUCUCUGUACUUGAAAUGAACCGCAAAAGAAAAAGAUAUGAUCCAGGGACUGAUUAUCUAUGUUGCAGAAGUUACAAACAGGGGAGCUGACCAUCUCGAGCCGGUACAGGUGAUCUUUAAAAAGGCAAUGACCUAUUCGAAGUCUGCUUAAAGUGAGAUAUCUUCCAGUGGUCGAGCCAUUGGGUCUUGAAUUCUUGAUUUCUUGUUUGAGGUAGAAGUGCUUUGUCAUCUGAGAAAGCUUUCAGAAUAUCCAGAUGAAGAUGACAUAUACUAUCCCGAGUGGAUUUCCCUCUCCUGAAUCCAAAUUGGUUGUCAGGGAGGUGAUAACUUCCAAGAGGAUCAUCAUGGACUUCCCAAUUGCACGCAAGAGCAAUGGAAGAAGAAACAAUAGUGAGAUCUAUAGCACUUGGCCUCCAACUAGCAGAACCUACUGUUGUGGCCCUGCCAUCAUUUAAUAGAAAUAAAUCAUUGUUUUCAACUAUGUCACUAAUGUCUCUACCACGGUUAUCAGUUGAGUGGCAUCCCCACAAGGUAUUGUGGGCAUUAAAAUCACCAGCAACUAUCAUUGGCUCAGGGAUCAGCUUUAUUAAAUUAUCUAAUUUAUUUUUACAAAAACUAGGUGUACUAUAAGGAGGACAAUAAAUACUUACUAUGGAAAGAUCUGUAUUAUGGAAUCUUACUAGAAUAGCUAUGUUUUGAAUAGAGUUAUCAAAUGUAGUAUCUAUUGUCUGAAAGGGGAUAUCAUUUCUAAUGACAAUUGCAACACCAUUGUGUCUAUUACCAGAGUCCAACCUGGCUACUGUGUAGCCUCAUAAAGUAAAAUUUAAUUCGGGUCUCAACCAUGUUUCACAUAAUAAUGCUACAUGAAUGUCUUGUUCAUAUAAAAAAUGAGUAAGACAAUUUUUAUUGCAUAAUAAUAUAUGCUCUGAGCAUUCCACUGGAUAACCCUUAAAGCCAUUAUUUAAUUUUGUAUGAUGUUACUACUUCUCUAAGAGCUUGUUUAAUGUUACUGGAAUUUGUUACACCGCUUGCCUUAAUUUUAAUUAGACUUUGUACAAGAAUAUUUACAAUAUAGUCAUUUAUCAACAAUUUGGUGAAGUCAUGUUCAUUGUCAUUUUGUUUUUUACUAUGUAACGCAGGAAACUGCUUAGUAUUUAAGAUGUCAAUAUAUGUUACUGGAUUAUUAA